UGGUAAACACAGCGUCCUCGAAACUGUAGCAAAGAGAUCUUGUAAAGCUAUACCAUCCCCUUAUUCCAUUGAUGAAGCAUACGAAAUUGGUAAAGAAUGGACUCGUGAGAUUAAUACAGAAAGGGGCGAGAUUUGGUAUUUCUGCGGUGUUGGUCAACAUUGCACUGGUGGUAUAUUCGGUACUAUUAUCAUUGGCAAUUUUGUUGCGCCACCCGAAGUUUCACCUAAAGCUCCACAAUACGCUCCAGUGUCUACUACACCUGAAUCGUCAGCACAACCUGCACCGGUUAUGGUGGGAGUAAUUAUUGGAUCUAGUCUUGGUGGUAGUUUAUUAACUGCUGGAAUUUUCAUUUUAUACAAAUGGAACAAAAACAAACAAGGAAAAAGGGAUACAGAAAGUCUUGCAAUUACAAAUAAUAAAUCCGAUGAUAAUGGGAAAAAUAAAGACGUUGUUAAUAAUGAGAUACGACUUGAUAAUGAAUCAAAUAAUGAAGUUAUUGAUAAUGGGAUUAGACUUCCAGAUAAUGAAGUGUAUAAUCAUGGACAAGGGGCAAUUCGAAACGUUGAUAGUGAAAUUAUUCAACAUUUGAAAAAUGAAAUGACUCAGAUAAUAAGGCAAGAAAUAAAGAAUUUAAAAUAA